AUGGUAAGUCUUCCUGCUCCAAAUAAUGCUUCCGCAAAGACAUAUCUUGAACACCUUAAUCAACAAAAGUUAUUGCAAUUUUUGAUGGGUUUGAAUGAGUUGUACUUUAUGGUCAGAAGCCAAAUUCUGUUGGUGAAUCCCCUGCCGAGUGUGAAACAAGCAUAUUCCGUAGUGAAUCAAGAUGAGAGCCAAAGGAUUCUAGUAGGAUUGAAUACUAAUGCAGAUGUAACUACAACACUCUGUGCUCAUAAUGGUAAAAAUCAUAAUCCAUGGCAGAGAUAUAAGGGAAAGAAACCUUAUAUUGAAUGCGAUUAUUGUCACCUACCUAGUCACAAACGUGACAAUUGUUACAAGUUGAAUGGUUAUCCAGCAGAUUAUCAAUUUACAAAAGGAAAGGGGAACUCAAAAUCCAAAUACUCUGCUAAUCAAGUGCAAUCACAAGAAACAGUUGCAGAAACGACAGAUGCAAAGUCUCCUAAUAUUCCAACCGGACCUGUUUUCACAUCGGAGCAGUACAAUCAGAUUCUGGAGCUGCUGGGAAAAGAGAAUUCUCCCACUGCCAUAAAACCUUCUUCAAAAUCCAUUGUAGGUUUAGCUGAUGGCACUAAGAGUCAUAUUGCACAUGACCUUUACAGUGGCAAAUUGAAGGGGAUUGAUGUUUGGGGUCCACAUAGGAUUCCAACACAUGGAAAUGCUAGGUAUUUCCUUACUUUGGUUGAUGAUUUUUCAAGAGUAACCUGUAAAGACAUUGUCCAUCAAAGCUCAUGUGUUUAUUCCCCUCAACAAAAUAGAGUUGUUGAGAGGAAACAUAGACACAUCAUUGCAGUAGCUAGGGCUUUAAAAUUUCAGUCCAAUAUAAGAAAUCAUUUGUGGGGUUAUUGUGUGCAAAUAGCAGUUUACCUUAUAAAUAGGUUUCCUUCCUCAGUUCUCAAAGAUAUAUCACCUUUUGAAAGAUUUUUUGGUCACCCUCCUUCAUUAGAUCACAUCAAGGUUUUUAGUUGUUUAGCUUAUGCUACCAUUCUCACCCCUAAGGACAAAUUGUCACCUAGAUCUACCCCUUGUGUCUUUUUGGGUUAUUCUUUGACUCAAAAUGGAUACUUUCUUUAUGAUAUUUCUUCUCAUAAAAGUUUUGUCACUAGAGACGUUCUUUUUCAUGAGACCAUUUUUCCUUUCACUUGGUCCACAUCUCCAUCAUCACCUUUUCCUUUUGAUCCUGAAUUUUUGGAUAUUGAAUUACCUUCUACAACUACAACCCCUACUGUCCCUUUAUCAGUCGAUUUAUUGCCUGUUGUCCAGCAUGCAGAACCUACAGGACCUCCCUCUCCAUCUAUUAAUUCCUCUCCACCUCAACCUUCCAUCCCUCUUAGGAAAUCCAAUCGACUUACAAGGCCCCCUAUCUGGACUUCAGAUUUUGUAUGUCUAUCUAUUUCUCCUUCCACUUCAAAUUCAGCCACUUGCAUCCCAUAUCCUAUCUUUAAUUUUGUAUCUUAUAGUCAUAUUUCACCAAGCUACCAAGCCUUCUUAUCUCAUCUCAAUCUAGUGGAACCCUCUUCCUUUAAUAAAGCUUCUCAGGAUCCUAAUUGGGUAGUUGCCAUGCAAAAGGAAAUACAAGCUUUGGAAUGA